UCUCCCCGGGUGGGUGUCUUUGGCGACGUUUUCCGGAAGAGACGCUUUCCGGCGCGGCCGUCGGAACAUCAUGGAUUUGAAUUUGCAGUUCUGGAGAAACGAGGGCCAAACUUUUUCCCAAAGGCUGAGGCACUGGAUAGAAAUUUUGGACCCCCUGGUUGUAUUUGUACGUGAGGCGGACAUUAAUACAUCCAGGGAUCUUUUACGGAAUAGUGGAGAAAAUGCAACAUCUUUGCAGGAUAAAAAGAUAAAAGAUGCCUGGAAAAUAAGUCUGACCUGUGUGAAUCCCAGCACUGGGGAUACAAUUCCAUUCUUCUUUAGAGGAGGAGCUUUUGUGUGUAUUGCUGCCUCACUGGUUGCAGUUGCUUCAUUACCGUACAAAAGGUUUUGGUCAUCAUUUUCCCGGCAGUUUGUUUUCCAUGCGUAUGUUGGUGGAUUCAGUUUGGUAAACAGGAACUCUGUAAAAAGACAAUUGGAGAAUGGUGAGGGAAAGGAGUUUUCAUGGAAGCAGGCACUUCUUCCUGUUGGGAGCAUCCCAGGUUUGGCCUUAAUAGGAGCUCUCCCUAACUACAUUAUAGAACGUAAGAAAUCACUGAAUACUCCAGCGCAUUUCUUCAGCAAGGUCAUGGCAAGUGGUCUUAUGGCUACUCUCUGUGCAUUUAAUGUGUUCGCAAUGAGAAACUUUGAACGUGAGAAAGGGAUUAAGGUCAUGGAUAGCACAGGUGAAGUCAUUGGAAUGUCUCGUGUGGCGGGAAAAAAAGCUUUAAGAGAAACAGCAUUAUCCAGAGGUAUGCUCUUUGGCGUGCCAAUGAUUAUUUCUGAAACUACUGUGUAUCUCAUAAAUCGCAGAAGAGUCUUCCCACAAAGGUCAGUGUUACUGAGAGUGAUACUGACGUAUUUUUUCUGCUGGUUAAUACUACCUGUUUCCCUGAGUUGGAUUCCACAACUGAGAGAGAUAAAGCGACAUGAACUUGAGCCUGAUCUGGUCUCUUCCACUAAAGAAACAUUUUUUUAUUAUAGGGGAGUUUAAUAAUGGGAGACCUUGAUGAUUUUCCAGGAAUGCCAUUCUUGUUAUCAUGAAGCUUGCUUUUAUGCAUAAAAGAGGAUCUCUGGUAGUGAGGUGGAAGUUGGUCUGAAUAGUUGCCAGUAUUUUGAGUCAAUUGUGUAUGAAAACUGAAGCUAAUUGGGGGAAGAAUAAGCAUGCUCUUAUUGAUAGCUCUCUGUACAGAAAGUAUUGGAUUUUAUGAUCUACCUAUGUCCAACAAUAAAAAGGCCAUUAUGCAA